AUGGGGAAGCUUUGUUACGAGCUCAAACACUCAGUCUGAAUAUUAACACGCAUAGCUUGCGGUACGAUUUUGGAAACAUAAGGACUUUAUCUUUCAUAUCAGCAACAAAAAACUACAUUGAUACACACCUUUUAUAGGGUUCCUACACGGACAUACAUCCAUGUUACAGAAGGUGUUUACGGAAGACAGAAGGACCAUCAGUGUUAAUUAGCUAUAUAGCCUGUUCUGAACACCCGUGUUUAAUGGAAGAAGGCUGCCAGAAACGUAUUGUCACUGAAAAAUGUCGUUGCCUGCAACUUUGAUAAAGCCGGUUAAAACAGUGUACAGCACAGGAUGUUGGCGGCACUUUAAUUGGGGAGGACAGGCUCGUUGUAAUGGCUGGAGCGUAUUGGUGGAAUAGCAUCAACUACAUCAAACACAGUUUUCAUGUGUUUGAUGCCAUUCCAUCUGCUCCGUUACGGACAUUAUUAUGAGCCGCCCCCUCAGCAACCUCCUGUGUUGUACAGUAAUAGUACAUUUUGCCUUUGUGAAAUUAUUUUGAUGUGAUAUGAAAGUAAAGGGCUUUAUGUUUCUAGAACCGUAUCGCAAAUGAGAAUCGAUUUACGUUUAGAUGAAGUAUUUGGCUGUCAGAGCAAGUCUAUCUUUGGAAGAAAAAAAAUACAAGGUCCUUAAGGAGUAAUGUUAAACGGUCUGCUCCUUAAGAGUAUAUCUUGGGCUACUUUAGCUUAAGCUAGCUAGUGGAUCCAACUUGCCCACGAAAUGUAUGGAUCAGCUAUGCACGCUCUCCUUUCAGUUUGGCAAAGUGAAUAUUAUGUAUUAGAAGUGUGUCAAAUACGACAUUAUUAAAUAUAUAUCACCCCUACAUGAGUUGAUGGACCAUUUUCUUCAAUCAUUGUUGCCAUUCCACCCUUUCCUGAUCGUAUUUUUCUUGACGGAUUAUUUCACUGUUGUACAUCCGGAAAUUCGUUAGGGAAUACGAUGCAUUGUGGGUAUUGUAGUAUACAAUGUAGGUAGGUAAAGCCAGAGGUUUGGUAAAACUUUGCACCUAUUUGGUUUUGGAGCAUUUAAUGGAUCAAUCAGUUUGAUCCUAUUAAAUUACAAAGUAUUGCCAUGCUUAAUUCUAUAAUAACAUUGGUCAGAUGUGUGACAUGAUUUAUUGACUGUGCAACCACUUGUGUGUGAGAUUCCGCAAAGCUGAUUUCAGUGUCGUGCUGUCUUUGCCAGACGCUUCCGUGGUUACCACAGUAACGGAGCUCCAGCUGUUCGUGUGUACACUUGUUGAUACAAUAGCGAGUGAGCUUGCACAUAAACAAUAUACGUUACUUGUUAUAUCUCUGACAUAUGCUCAGUUGUUACAUUUUACAUUACCUUUUAUAACUCUACAUAAAUUGGGUAAAUUUGCGGAAGUAAUACAAAUGCGGCCAACAAAGUAUUUCACCCCAACAGAGGUGUCCCUUCAUAACACCCUUGGCGACCUGUGGGUGUCAUACCUGGGCAAGGUGUAUGACUUGACACCAUUGGUGAAUGAAUUUAAAGGGGAUGUACUUCUGAAGCCUAUCAUUGAGUGUGCAGGAAAGGACAUCAGUCACUGGUUUGACCCAAAGACAAAAGAUAUUCUGACCCACAUUGACCCACUAUCUGGGUGUGUGAAAUACUACACCCCUAGGGGGCGCUUUGUGCACGUGCCCCCUCCCUGCCCUCGUACUGACUGGACCAAUGACUUUGGGCGACCCUGGUGGAGAGAUACGCAAUAUGAGGUGGGACUACUUUCUGUCAAGACCAGGUGGAUCCGCAUCAUCAACACCCUCACAUCCCAGGAGCAGGGUCUGGAGGUGUGUUCCGAGGAGACCUUGAAUGAGAUUCUCCAGCGGUACCUCCGCUACAACUCUCACGCCGCCAGCUACACUUGGAAGCACGACUGUGUCAACCUGGACAUGAGUAAAACUCUGGAGGAGAACGGCAUCCCCGACGAGGACAAGGACUUCUACAACACACGCAUGGACCGCGACCUCUUCUCCCAGUCCAUCUGCCUGUACUUCAACGACGACCUCACUGAACUUUGACCCCAUAUGUAAGGAUGUUAGUAAAUGGUGGUGAGCAAUAUGAGCAGACAAUCUAUUAAAAUGUUGACUCACAAAA